CUGUAUCUUUUUGUUUUCUCAAACCGUUUAUAUUUUCCUUUCUUCUUCCUUCUCGAAUAACCAACUCAACCCACCCACCUGUAUUCUGUACCCUUCUCGUCUCUCUCCCCAUUAACCCUAACUUUUCCCCUUUUUAAGCAGUUACUAUGAACCUUCAAGAUUCUCCUGUUAAUUUCAUACCCAUCUAACCCAUUUUAUAAAAAACAGAAAUAAUUACAAAGCAAAUAUGAGUAAAUAUGACUCAAAUCUCGAAUCAAAGACUUCCCCAUUAAUCCAAAACAGCUAAACAACAAAACCCAGAAACCGUUUCGUAAGCUGAUCCCAAUAAAUGGCGAACGGAACGGAUAACAAGAAGGAUACAGUGGCGGCCAAAGUCCGGCCAGGUUUAAAACGGGAGUUUGCUUUUGCUUUCAAGGCCCAUUCUGAAAUUUCCGGCUCAUUGGGCAGAACCCGUGCUAGGCGGGGGGAUAGUAUUGGUGGUGCUUCUCCGGUCAGCAAUGGUGGUAAGAAGAGUUUGAAAGGUAAUAUUGGGUCGAAAAAGGCGAGGGCUUUGAUAGAAGAGGAGGCCAAUCCAAACAGUGAUGUCAUUGAUUUGGGGAGUGGUGAUGGUUUGAUUGAAUCAAUGGAAAUUAGUGAUCCUAUUUGUGGAAUUUCUAGGAGUCUGUCGGAUUUGAAAUGCAAGAGUAAAGGAACUAAUGGGUCUGUUCCAAUUUUAUUGGAGAAGGCUUCGAAAAUGGAAAAUGGUGAAGGAGAUUGUAUAGUGGAAAAUGAGAAGCCUAUGAGAAGGUUUACCAGGUCAUUGCUGAAAACUAAGACGGAGACUGUCCGAGAAGCCGGUACCAAGGAUCAAUGUAAAGAAAUGAGUCAAGGAUCAUUGCUGAGUUUUACAAAUGUAGAAAAUUCGGAGAAGAAGAAUGACAAAACUACUGGCUUAGAGGAUUCAAAGAGUGAAAAGAAUGAGGUUUCGGAGAGUAAGUGUGAUGUUCAAGUAAAAGGUGAUAAUAAGAGUAAUGAGAAUGAAGAGGGCAGUAAUAAUGGUAAAGGAAAUGGUGGAAUUGAUUUGUUGCCAGCUUUGGUUGAUGAGAAUGGUGCUAAAGUGGAGAAGGAGAAGAAGCCAAUUAGGAGGUUUACUAGGUCGCUUUUGAAGCCUAACAUAGAGACAGUUCAAGAAUCCCGUAUUGCUGACGAAUGUGAAGAUUUGAGCAGUGUGUCAAGGAUAAAUUGUAAGAAUGUGGAGAAUUUGGUGAACAAGAAUGAAGAAGUUAGUGGGCUGGUGACGAUUUCAAUGGAGGAGGAGGAUUUGCAGAGCGAAAAGAAUGAGGUUUUAGAGCUCAAGUGCAGUAUUGUAGCAAAGGAGGUUGAGAAUAUUAAUAAUGUAAAUGAAGAGGGGACUGAUGGCAAGGGAAGUGUUGGUAUUGAUUCAUUGCAAGGUUUGGUUGAUGAAAUGGAGGAGAAGAAGAGCCCUGUGAGGAGGUUUACUAGGUCAUUAUUGAAGCCUAAGAUGGAGGCAGUGCAAGAAUCCACUGAUAGAGAUAGUUCUGGAGAUGUUGAUCAUGUGGGGAGUUCUUCUUCUGCUUUGGAUUCUAAUACACUGCAGAAAAUGUGGAGGAGUGAUUCAUCGAAGAAGUUCCCAACAAAGAUAAAGGAACUUCUUGAUUCAGGUAUACUUGAGGGGCAACCAGUGAAAUAUAUGCGAGGGUCCAAGGCAAGAGAAGCUGGUGAGGCAGCAUUGCCGGGGAUUAUCAGGGGAUCAGGGAUUCUGUGUUUCUGUAGCAGUUGCAAAGGAAAUGAAGUUGUUACACCUGCUCUGUUUGAGAUGCAUGCUGGUAGUGCAAACAAACGUCCGCCAGAGUAUAUCUUCCUUGAGAAUGGGAAUACACUUCGUGAUGUGAUGAAUGCCUGCAAGAAUGCAUCGUUGGAUACCUUUGAUGAAGAUGUGCAGCUUUCUAUUGGUUCUUCAUCUUUGAAGAAAUCUUCCUUUUGUCUGAAAUGUAGAGGUUCACUCUCUAAGGCCGACACUGGGAACUCAAUUUUAAUAUGCAGUCGUUGCAUGAAGCUGAGGAAUUUCCAAGCUAGUGAGUCAGAUGCAGACAAAGGAACCCCAAAACCUCAACCCGUUUCAACGUUAUCUGAUAGUGUGUUGAAAUGUAGCACAUCACGAAGCAAGAGUCAUGGGAGAUUUACAGUAAAGGAUUUGCGUAUGCAUAAGUUGGUUUUUGAAGAGGAUGUUUUGCCGGAUGGAACUGAAGUUGCAUAUUAUUCUCGAGGAAAGAAACUGUUGGUUGGAUACAAAAAGGGUUCUGGCAUAUUCUGCUCUUGCUGCAAUACAGAGAUCAGCCCCUCCCAAUUUGAAGCUCAUGCUGGUUGGGCUUCACGUCGAAAACCCUAUCUGCACAUUUACACAUCUAAUGGAGUUUCUCUUCAUGAGUUGGCAUUAUCGCUUUCCAAAAGUCGCAAGUUUGCUGUCCAUGAAAAUGACGACCUCUGCCAGAUCUGUAGAGAUGGUGGUGAUCUGUUGUGUUGCGAUUCAUGCCCAAGGUCUUAUCACAAAGAGUGUUUAUCUCUACAAGCAAUUCCGAACGGCAAAUGGCAUUGCAAAUUUUGCCUGAAUAACUUUCAGAAAGAGAAGUUUGUGGAACGUAAUGCCAAUGCAAUAGCAGCAGGAAGAGUUGCUGGAAUUGAUCCUAUUGACCAGAUAUCAAGGCGAUGUAUUCGUAUUGUCAAAACAAUGGAUACUGACUUUGGUGGCUGCAUAUUUUGCAGAGGCCAUGAUUUUGAUAAGAUUUUUGGUCCUCGUACUGUUUUACUCUGUGAUCAGUGUGAGAAGGAGUUCCAUGUGGGCUGUUUAAAGGAGAACAACAUGGAGGAUCUAAAGGAAUUGCCCAAAGGCAAUUGGUUCUGUUGCUCAGAAUGCAAUAGAAUUCAUUCUGCGCUGGAGAAAUUGGUGGUUCAGGGAGAUGAGAAGCUUCCAGAUCCUUGUAUAGAUGUUAUAAAAAAGAAAGUUGAGGAAAAAUGUGCUGAGACCGAGUGCAGCAAUAUUGAUGUGAGAUGGAGGCUUCUUAAUUAUAAAAUAGACCCUUCUAGUGACGUUGCAGCGUUACUCUCUGAUGCCCUUGCUAUUUUACAUGAACAAUUUGAUCCUAUACUUGUAGCUGAAACUUCUAGCAAAGGUGACCAUGACCUCGUCACGUCAAUGAUUUUUGGAGAUAACUUUAAGGGACAAGAGCUCAGCGGCAUGUAUUGUGCUGUAUUGAUUGUCGACCAAGUGGUGGUGUCGUGUGCAAUCAUUCGUUUUUUUGGACAAGAGCUGGCGGAACUUCCUUUAGUUGCAACGAGUAGCAAAGCACAGGGACAGGGUUACUUCCAGGCCUUGUUUACUUGUCUAGAAAAGCUACUCAGAGUUCUCAAUGUGAAGAAUCUUGUACUUCCGGCAGCUGAAGAAGCUGUAUCUAUCUGGAAAAAUAAAUUUGGCUUUAACAAAUUUUCCCAUGAUGAGUUUAUGAAAUUCAGGAAGGAUUAUCAAAUGAUGGUCUUUCUAGGAACAUCAAUGCUUCAUAAGUUUGUUCGAAGUGCCGAAUGAUUCGUCGGAAGGCGGUUGAAGGUUUAAACACGUACACAGUGCUUUCUCGUUUUGGUUUUUUGAUGGAAGUGGGGAAAGCAAAUUUUUUGGAGGUCUUAUCCUUCAUGUAAAGAAAAUGGCUCUACUUUUUGGCGAUUUCAUGUACAGAACAUUAAUAUUGACCCACUUAUGAAGAUGUUUAUAGUUGAAGAAAAGCAGUUAGGCUAAGAAAUUGUUUUUGUAGAAGGAAAUUGAAGAGGAAAUCAUAGGCAAAGUUUUGAAGUAGUUUCAAGAAAUGAUGUAUGGAUAUUGAUUUUCUUGAGAAGUUUAGCUCUAAUCCUAAUUUUUGAUGAUCGAAA